AUGAGGGACAAUCGAGAAUGGAUGUAUAAUAGGUUAGAGGGAAAAUUUCUUAGCCCAACCUUUGCUCACAAGGUCGGUGAAUUUAUUGCGUUUGCUACCACCCAAGAUAAUGUUGUGUUAGAUGGUAUGAUGAAAUGUCCAUGUGCAAAGUGUCGAAAUAUUCCAUAUCAAGAUAUAGACAAUGUAAAGGAGCAUCUCUAUAAGUCUGGUUUUAAGCCUAACUAUUUCCAAUGGGUUUAUCACGGGGAAUUGCGUUUCCUGAAGAAUUCUCAAAGUGCUGGCUCCACAUCCACUGAGGAUGCCUCUAACCCUUAUAUAAGCAUGGUGCAAGAUGCUUUUGCACAAGAAGGUCAUUUAGAAGAUAUUGAAGAGGAACCACAUCCUACUUUCAAGAAGUUCUUUCACAUGUUGAAGGCAGCUCAAGAGCCAUUAUAUGAUGGUUCCAAGUUGUCUUUGUUAGCAGCUGCUGCAAGGCUGGCUAACAUCAAGUGUGAGUAUAAUAUUCCUAUAAAAGGCGUAGACGACGUUGCUUCCUUGAUGAGAGACAUGUGCCCAGAUGAAAGUAAGAUGUCUGAUAGUUUUUCCAAGACAAAGAAGCUACUUGCAGGGCUAGAGCUUCCUCACCAAAGGAUACAUGUAUGUCCAAAUGGUUGCAUGUUAUUUUGGAAGGAACACAAAGAUCUCAAAGAAUGUCUUUAUUGUAAGGGAAGUCGUUAUAAGACAAUUAUGGAAAAUGGCAACAAUUCUCCUCAUAGCGUUCUGAUUUAUUUGCCUAUCGGCCCGAGAUUGCAGAGACUAUAUGCAACAAAAUCUACUGCUGAGAAAAUGAGGUGGCACCAUGAUAAUCCUCGAGCUCAUGGCCUAAUGUCUCAUCCAAGUGAUGGAGAGGCAUGGAAGCACCUAGAUAAAGAGUAUGAAUCAUUUGCCGUCGAGCCUCGAAAUGUUCGACUUGGUCUUUGUACCGACGGAUUUUCACCAUUUGGGAAGACCGGGAGGCAAUAUUCUUGUUGGUCCGUCAUCUUGACUCCUUAUAAUCUUCCACCCUCGUUGUGCAUGAAAAAAACCUUUUAUGUUUCUAAGUUUGAUAAUUCCAGGUCCAAAAAGCCCAAAAGGGAAUCUGGAUGUGUUCUUGCAACCUCUUAUUGA